UCCACAUGGCUCUCAAGCCCGGUCUGGCUUCGCGGCAGAACCACAGCUAGGCGCGGAGCAGUCUGAUACUGCCUCACCUUCAUACACACCGCGAGCAGCCAAGCCGCGCUCUUAUAUGAGGCAGGUGUGAUCGCACAAUAUGUCGAAGAUGCUGCAGGCCAUUUCCAUCCUUCGUUGCUGCUCAUCUUCAUUCGAAAUCUGCUCUAUCGAAAGUUGAACAAUAUCGCACUGUUCUACACCAUACUCAUCCUUCAAAAGAUAUCUCCUCACAAUGGCAUCCUCCACCAAUCGGGAUGUCCGUCACCUACGAGAUGAGGCCGUUGACGCCGCCCUCCACAAUCUCAUGAACGAAAACACGGCAGCGAUUGACCCAGCGGUCAUUGCAUAUAGAGUCGGAGUGACCACCCUCGUGCGUCAACUCAAUGAGGUCGGUGUCACCAAUGAAGACCUCCGAGGGCAAUUCGAAGACGAGAUAGAUCGUCGUGUCGAGGGCGCAAUGAACAACGCUGGACAAUUUACGAUGACACAACUGGAGAAUCUGCGCUUGCUUGUGUCGUCCUUCAAGACCGAAAGCAGCCUGUACGACGUUGUUUGGCGAGAGGAACUUCAGGGCAACCACAUGGAUGUUGCUCAAAGCCGACCAGGAGGCCAGCCAGCCAGACGGCAUCAGGACGCAGAUGCUGAGAUGCAGGAUAACGACAACAUCUGGUGGGAGGAGGACGGUGGCACCAACAGGGACUUUGAUGACCAUGUCGAAGGGGAAGACAACAGCAACGAGGGGGAUGAUGAGGGCACUGACGGUGAUGUGGAGGAAUAUGGCAACGGCGACCAGGAGGACAAUGACUGCAUCAUGUUCGGCAUGUACAGUGGUGACGCAGACUUCAAGCACCGAUACGUGUGCCUCCUGUGCCCCAACCACGGUGGUACACAACACAAGAGCUCAUUGGUACGGCAUCUCCGGGCGAAUCAUGGCAUCAGAAACGUACAUUCAGUACUCGAUGGGCUGCACAGCGGUCGGUCAAAUGCUACAACAUGAACCUAAAUGAAGGAAGAAAAGCAAGAGAAGGAGGAGUUCAUAGACCUGCCAUUAAGGCCGCACGAGGCAGGUGCAAUGCAUGAUCCUCAACAUUGAGCUAUCUGAACGAGUGAUCACUGCAAGGAGUUGCUCAAGGCAUCCUCGGGUUUUACCCACUGACUACAAACGGGCAAGCCCGACAUUCUCACCAGGAGCGUGGUAAGCUGGGAUCUUCAUGUCCAAGGCAGCUCCACUGUAACCCAGAUCCUCUGCAGAGAGAACAGCGCACUUCUCGCCA